UUUUCUGUGCUGGUGUGACCACAGCAACGAAGCCCAGAUUCACCCACAUCUUGUCUCUACCUAAGAAUUUUAAAGACUUCUCAUUCUAUUCUUAGGACGCUUCCAUUGAACCUAAUACUAGGAGUUCAACUAUGAAGAAUCAUACUAAGAGAAAAACUGGGAGACAAAUGAAGACGUCAGCUAAUCAAAUGGAAAAAAAUAUACACGAAGAUCUCAUAACCAGUAAGGGCGUAUUGGAAUUGAGAAGGAUUUUGAAAAUGAUUUCAGCAGUCCCCAGAGGUUUGAAUCCUCACAUCAAGGAAUUUGUUCAUAUAGUUUUGUCCUUGCAAAUGGUACAGAGUGAUGAUGGUGCAGCUGACAGUCUCAAAGGGGUGCAAGCAGUUCCCAGUCUAUCUUUAGAGGUAUUGAUCACACAGCUGGAUAGGAUGCUUGAGAAAAUGCAAGCUGCUAAUUGUAAUGAACAUCAGUUAAAUAUGGAUUAUUAUCUGACAUUACUAUUUAUAUAUGGAUUAGCACUCAUUGAAAGGGGGACAAAGCAGGAUUAUUCUGAAGCUAAAAGUAAAUUCAUGACAAUGAAAACGGAAAUUCAGAAGAAAGAAGAUUGUAGAAAAUUUUUAUCUUUAGUUUAUUUUGGAUGUGGUUUACUACUAGUUACUCAAAAAAGAUAUAAUGGAGGAUUGCUGGAAUUUCAAAAAAGCAAGCAAGAAAUAAAAGAUAAUAAUGACAACUGGUAUGGUAUAGACCAUAUAAAAGAUGAAGAUUUACCUGAAACAUUUCAAGAUCUUCUUGAUGGCUAUAUUAAAAAAUAUGAAAACCACAUGGAAAAAGAGACUAUUUGCAGUUUUCCAGACUGUGAGCGGUCUUGUGAGGAUGAUAUUUUAAAGCAAUCUAAAUAUAAGGGUUUUGUUCAUCUCAUUUGCAGUAAAAACUGCAAUGUCUACUUUCAUAAAAUUUGUUGGGAAAAGCUCAAGAGUAAGAAUCAUCCUGGAAAAAGUGAUGAGAAUUUUAGUGAAAAAACGUGUUUGAGAAAAGGAUGUAUUGCUAACAUUGUAAAGAUGCGAAAAUGUGAAGGACUUGGAGUCUUUAAAAAUCUGUUGGACGUUUUGAAAAAGGAUGAAUAUACACAAAGCUGUUUCAAUAAACUCAAGACUCCACUAGACACUGAAGCUACAGAAAUAUGGAAAUUAAACUUAAAAGGAAAAGGAGUGACUGUGAAAUCAAGACAAAAUUCUCAUAAUUAUAAUCCAGAAGAGACCUUUCAAGAUGAGAUACUAGAACAGUAUGUAUCUCCAGUAGAUUCUGCUAAAGAUAUGAAAUCAGACUCAGAAGAACUACCAGUGGAAAUUCCUAAGGACGAAAAAUCGGCACCCAGUGAAUCUUCAAUAGAAUCCAUUAAAGAUGUCCAGGAGAAUGCUCAAGUUAACAAUAAAUCAAAGAAGAAGAAAAAGAAUAAGACUAAGAAGAAUAAAGAAUUGAAUAAAGAGCAUAGUCCAAAUAUCCUCAGAAAGGAAGAGCAGGUGGAAAAAAUUCAAGAACUAAAUCCACAGUUGAGUAAUGGACAAGAGAAACAGAACUCAUGUGAUCUCCUACAUGAUCCUGCAGCUGACAAAGAGCUCUAUAACCCAGCUCAUUCAGAAGUUCUAGACUUCCCUGAUCAGGGCACAAGGAACAAACCAAGCAUAAAACUUGUAAAAAGUCAAGAAGAAAUCAGGGAGCAGCAGCAGCAGCAGCAGCAACAGCAGCAGCAGCAGCAGCAGCAGCAGCAGCAGCAGCAGCAGCAGCAGCAGCAGCAGCAGCAGCAACUCUGGGAAGCACGGAGGCAAUGUGCAGACUUCAAAAAACAGUUGGAAGCCAUGAUUCUCCAGUGGCAACAGAAGCAAGUACAGAUUAAAGACAAAGAUAAAAUCAUUUCUGGUCUUAACCAGCAAGUUUCUUCUGGAAACCACAAGGUUUGCAAAUUACAGCAGGAAAUUCAAGCUAAAGAUUCUGAAAUCAGGAAGCUUAAAGAGAAACUUGCUUCAGAAAGAUCUCAAUGGGAAAGGGAGAAAAAUAAGCUGGAAGCUAAAGCAAAGAAGUGCUUGAGCAAGCUGAAUGGAGAAACUAAUAGAGCUAUAACAGCAGAGGUGUGGUUCCUACAAAGCCGAAGAGAUUUUGGCCUCCAUCAGCUGGAACAGACUGAGAGGGAGUGCCUGCUUCAGCUUAUCCGUGCAACCACUUUGGCAUCAAGCCAUCCAGAAUCUCCUCAGCUAAAAGCAGCUGUAGAAAGUUGGGAUACCAUUGUGACAGACGUCAGGAACAAAAUUGCAUUCAGCAGGACACAAUACAAUGAACAAAUUGCUCUGGUGAAGAAUGGUUAUCCUCUGAACUGCCUGCCUCCAGUACAGAUUCCUCCCCCACCACCCAGUCCUGACAUAUUGAUGCAGCAUUUCUUGGGAAAGCAUAUCAUGAAAGAAAAUUCCUUGAGAGCUAUUCCCAAUUCUCCUCAACUUGCUUCAUCAUACUCUGGAGUUGGCUCUACUAGUAGCCAGUCUAGACCACCUUUGGUGACAGGUAUGGCCCAGCCUACACAAGUGCCAGUUUUGGAAAGCAGAAUUUCUGAAUCAGUCAUUGGAAAUGAGCGCAUCAAAAUCAGCUGGGAGAGAAUUAUGGAUAAACUGAAAACUGCCUUUCCAGAAUAUAGCAGGAAAGAGCUCACAGACCUUUUACGAAAAUUAAAGGAUGCCAAUGGUAGAUCCUUGACUGGGCUGACCUUUGAUGAAAUAGUUCGCAGAGUUUCCCAAAUGAUUGAACCUAAGAGAUCCCAGAACCAAGUACAAGGAGUGCAGAGUGCUGAUUCUAUUCUUCCUAGCCAUUCUCAACCUAAAUCUAGCAUUGAUCAACCUCCACGUUCUGCUUGGAGACCCCUCAAUCCACAAAUCCCUGUGGCAUGGGAAGGGACCAAAAAUUUGGGAGAUGAAGAGGAGCCUUGUGUGAUCUGCCAUGAUAACCUCACUCUAGAAAACCUAUCUGUGCUGGCUUGUGCUCAUAAAUUUCAUUCUCAGUGCAUUAAACCAUGGCUGAAACAACAGGGGACAUGUCCUACGUGCAGACUCUAUGUUGUGCUACCAGAAGAAUUCCCAGGUCUUCCCACCCGACACAUCCCCAAAAUCUGAUGCAAAAGGGAUGAAUGAUGUCAAAUGAGAUCAUUUUCUGUACUCAAGAAUUCUGUUUUGCCUUAUUGUCUAAUAUUAGGAAGUGGUGUCAAGUAAUGCACCUAACUCUGCUAUAAUUGAGAAACUAGCUAACCAAAGUGAGGCUAUGAAAAUCUUCAAGGUUUGCAGUCUGCAUUUGUAAUAUGUAGACAGAGUUUGAUUUGAAAAAUUGAUGUCUUUCCACUUUCCCUUUCCUCAAUAGGCAUACACUCCAAGUACAACAACUAGUAAUGUGCUAGCUUUUCAAAGUCCUGUUUUUAGUUUUCCACUGGAUUCCUUCCUGUUACACCCAUCUUCUACUUAAAUGGAGGAGAGAAAUAUGUCCAAGAGAUAAAGACGAGCAGUGAAGAAGUGGGCAUGUUCACAAGCUGUGAAUGAAGGAAACCCACAGAUUAUCCAAAAAUUUCUACUCUUCCAUUAUCUUUGAUCUCUUAUGCCAUUAGUACAUAAACAAGAAGCAUAAUUUAAUUGAGUUUUUGCUUUCCCUCCUUGCUUUAUCUUCUGAGGAAGAUACUCUUAAGUUCUAAAUUAAGUGGCAUUAAAGAUCAAAGUAAAAAGUAAGACUAUGUUUAAAGAUUCUGCCACUUCAUCACCCUCUAAUUCCUUAAGCCUUAGUAACCUGCUUUAUUCGUCCUGCAUUGCUCUCUCAAAGGCCACCAAUAUUCUCCUUAUUAUCAAAUUCCUCUCAAUAAUCUUUGAACUUGCUCCAGCAUUUGACACUAUUCACUAAACUCUUCUCCCUUUGAUUUCCAUUUAGUUCUUUAACCUUUCUCCAUCUAUUCAUUAACUUUUCAUUUUACAAAAAAAAAAAAAGUUUUUUUUGCUCCUGCUGUGUGCCAUAAUUUGUCUGCCACUUUGCCAGAUUCUAGGGGAGAUUUUAAAAAAUGGUUUAGGUAAGACAUUGCCCCUUCUUUCAUAGUACUUACAGUUUAGUAGGGGGAUGACACAAGCACAGAUCAUUAUAAUAUAAAAUACUAUAAAAGUAGACUACAGAGUUGUAGAAUAAAAUGAUCUUUUUUUUUCUCCUCCCCUUCCUCACUCCCUAUCAGUGUUUGUUUUAAGUUUUUCCUCUUACCCUUAUGAUGCUACACUUUCACCUUUGCUUAACCUAAUCCACUCUCACAAAAAUUAAUUCUGUGUGCAUGACUGAAAUCUGUGGCUUUCUCCAAUAGGCAUCUUUCUCCUAACCCCCAUUUCCAUAUUGACAGCUGUCAUUGACAGGUUAUCAGUUUGUCCCAUUAGCUCUUCAAACUCCACAUUAAAAAUGCAUUUUCUACCCCAGGGCAGAUCACUUUCCUGUUAAUGAACCCACCAUUAUCCCUGGUCGUCCAUCUUCUCUUUUUCUUUCCCCACAUCUAAUCAGUUACUAUUACCAUAAUUGCCUGUCAAUCUUAUUUUCACAAUAUCACUUUCCCCCAUCCUCUUUCUAUUGCCACUGCCACCUCCCAGUUCAUGUCCCUGUUGUUCCUUGCUUGGAUUACUACCAAAGCUACUUGAUGUUUCUGGCAAGACUGUUCUGCUCUUUCACUGUUCAUUGAUCAUUCCUUGUACUUCUCACUCCCUAGACUUCUGCUCACGUUACCUCAUUCACCUGAAGGGUGGUGGUGCCCUACCACCAGACACAGUAUCUACCUUGUCAAAAUUUUUCCCUUUCUUCAAAUCCCAGUUCUAGCCAACCCCUUCAUGAAGCCCUUUCUCAUUCUCUUCCCAGUCAGUUUUGAUUUCGUCCAUGUUUGAAACCCUAUAAUGUAUUUUUUAUUACUUUAUUAUGGUGUGCCUACUUUGUAUUUAUAAACUUCUAUGCCUACUUAAUUCUUAAUUCUUUGACAAAGUCCUGGGACAGGCAACGUUUCCUUCCUGGGAGUGUGCAUACGUCUCUGCUGGAAUAGGGAAAUGAAAUUUUCCAUCCCUUAUUCUCAGUCCUCUACUGACUUGUCCAUAGAGUCUGGGACCCCAAGGAUGAGGGCAUAGAGAAUACUGAAACCAAAGGAGAUUAUGGCCCCAUUUUUUUUUCCCAUGGCUACUCAGGGGAGGACACUUUCUACUGGACCCAUUUUCCUUCUCUUUGAGAUUCUUUUCCUCUUCAGCAUCCCCUGUCUAGGUCAGCCCUAACUCUCUCUAGGCCCUUUUCUCAGUCCAAUGAAAUUCCUUCAUUCCAAUCUCAUCUUCCCACAUUUCUUAUUUUCUGAAGACCUCAGCUCUCUUGACACCUUCUCCAAUGUUGGCUUCUUUUCCAAUACUCCCUGUUGCAUUGGACCAGGAGAAAUUGGUAUAUUUCUUGCUUUCCACUGCCACUUUCGGAACCCUCUCUUGACCAUCUCAUGCAGGAUCUAACUCCUCUUUCACUUAAGCUCUCUAGGUCGUGGGUGUUGUUAUUCCUGUUGCUGCUUGUUUGUUGUCAUUCCAGGUCGCUAUCCUUCUUUCACUAUGUACAUGGUUUAUAGCUUUCCCUUCUCCAGAUCACAGCUUUUCAGUUCCUUUACUUCCUCAACUCCCAUGACCUCUGUUCAAUUGCAGUCAGGAAUGGUCCAUCUCUAAACCAUUCUGCUCCUCAAUUAAAUUAUCUUGCAAGCCUAGUUUUUGACAACAGCCAACAUAUUUUUUUCACUUUGUUAUCAUUUAUAGUACCUAAAAGAGGUCCUUUCAUAAAAUUAAGAGCUUCACAAAUAGGUAUGGACUGUUAAAAGAGGCAGAGAAGGGAGAGUAAAUGGGAAUAGGGCUUGAUCCACAAAAUAGAGAACUGUUGAAUAAUUGAUGUGUUCGCUUGUAGACUUGAGUCUUACCCAAGUAUUUUUUUUUCCCCUCCCUUAAAAAAUCUCCAGUUUCACCCAUUUGACACUAUCCAGAGAACUUAUUGAUUGUGUGUAUUUUUUUGUGUUGUAUGGUUACACUUUUAUAACAGUGCUUAGGCUAAGCCCUAUCACCUAUAUAACACCAAAAACUGUUAUAAUUGUAACUGCAACAGUUGUAACAUGAGAGUUCUGUUAUUAUUAAAGUACAGAUGGUGUUAUGUAAGUACUGUUCCUUUGUACCAGCUCCAGAAUCGUAAGAAUUCAGUUCUUCUAUAAAAUGAAUGUUUGUCAGACCAUGGUCAUGGUCUUGUUUUCACUUAGCUAUAGACCUUAAGUUAACAUUUUUUCUUGUAUGCAUUAGGCUAAAUGUGUCAUUAAACUUUUAAAUCAC